CAGAAAACCGCGACAGCACGAACGACGCAUGGCGUUGCCUAACCGUAGAAACAAAAGAAAAUAAUAAUAGUAAAGCAGAAAAAUGAUGGAAUCGUGUUUAGCAUACAAACCUGAGAAAGUUGGCUCAAUAACGGUUGAAGACCUCCGGAAGGAUCUUUUCUCAGAGUUCUCCAAAUUGUCUGAAUCAAGGAACUCAGUAUUACCGGAGAAAGAACAUUUGCAGGUCUAUCUACGUGUACGUCCAUUCACUGCUUCAGAGAGAGCAGAAGGAGAAUCACAGGAGUGCAUCUCAAUUGAGCCACCAGAUACAGUGAUUCUGAAGGCACCAAGAGCAUCUGUGACAGCCAGACACAGCGAGAGACUCGGACCACAGCUGGCACAGCGAUUCCAGUUCUCACAGGUAUAUGGUCCAGAAACAUCUCAAAGAAAGAUAUUUGAUGGGACAACAAAAAGCCUUGUGAAAGGAGUCUUGGAGGGAGGGAAUUCCUUGAUCUUUACUUAUGGAGUUACCAAUGCUGGGAAGACAUUUACAUUUCUUGGCCCUGAGUCAGAUGGAGGAAUUCUGCCCCGGUCCCUGAAUGUGAUUUUUAACAGCAUAGAGGGCAGAAUUUAUUCUCAAAACAACAUAAAGCCACAUCGAUGUGUCGACUUUACAAGACUAACUAAAGAGCAGCAGGAUGAGGAGGCUACAAAUAAGAGAAACCUUCUUCGCAGAUUUAAAGAUAGUGACUCCCAGAAAACUCUGUCCAGUAUGUCCAGCACCAGUUGCUCAUUACUUGAAAGCUCCACCUCUAGUGACAUUGAUGGUGACAGUAUCUGUUUGGAUGAGGCCUCUUAUGGUAAAUUCUCAGUGUGGGUCUCCUUUUGUGAAAUCUACAAUGAAAACAUCCAUGACCUGCUUGAUCUUAUUUCAAAUGGCUCUCACAGAAGAAGUGUUUUGCGGCUAGCCCAAGAUAUCAAAGGCAAUGCUUUUGUCAAAGAUCUGAAAUGGGUUCAAGUGAAUAGUGCAGAUGAGGCACUAAAAGUUAUGAAAAUUGGAAGGAAAAAUCAAAGUUUCUCCUCCACUAAGCUCAACAACAUCUCAAGCAGAAGCCAUAGUAUAUUUUCUAUUCGAAUCUUGCGGAUUGAAGACGUGGGUGUUCCUCGAGUUCAGACAAUAAGCGAGCUUUCAUUAUGUGAUUUGGCUGGAUCGGAGCGAUGUGCAAAGACUCAGAACAGAGGAGAACGCUUAAAAGAAGCUGGAAACAUCAACACUUCCUUGUUAACUCUUGGGAAAUGUGUCAACGCUCUGAGACUCAACCAAACACAAUCAAAGUUUCAUCAGCACAUCCCCUUCAGAGAGAGUAAGCUCACACAUUAUUUGCAGGGUUUCUUCUGUGGCCGUGGAAAAGCCUGCAUGAUCAUUAAUAUAAACCAGUGUGCUUCCAUGUACGAUGAAACCCUGAAUGUUCUGAAAUUCUCAGCGCUGGCUCAGAAGGUAGUGGUUCUCAAUCCAAAACCAGCACCUAGCAUUGUGCUCAAAAGAUCUGCCAGGGAUGUGUCCAUGAUAAUUAAUAAUGCAGACAAGAAAGACUGGACCAGGAGAAGCUCGGUGAUGGGCUGGGAGAUGAGCCUAGAGGAUGUGCAAGAGGAUGAAGAUGAUGAUGAGGAAAUAGAUGAGGAAGAGGCGGAGACUGAUGAUGAGAGCAUGGAGGAAAACACUGUACUAGAUGCUGCAGAAGAAGAUCAAGAGCUGCAUGAGCUUCAGCUGAAAAUUGAAGAGCUCAAAGAGAAGUUGUCCAAAGAAGAAUCUGAAAAACUGACUCUAGAAUCUCAAAUUCGUGAAGAAGUCACUGCAGAGUUUAUGGAGCUGUUCUCGAACAUGGAAAAAGAUUACAAUGAACGUCUCCAAAGAGAGAAGGAAAUAGUGGAGGAAAGAGCAGAAAGGAGGCUGGAGAUACUGAAGAAUCUGGUCAACAGGACUAUCCGGGAAAUGUCUGUUGUAAGCGCUGAUGAGAACGCAGAAAACGAGUCUAAGAUUGAGCUUUUGGACAGCAUGAUCGAGACAAUGCGAGAUGAUCUGCUGAAGAUAAAGGGAGAUGCAGAGGCUGUACAGACGUGCCUGACAAACGUCCCUGACUCACUCACAGUCAGUCAUCUGAGGACACAGUUAGAGGAGAUGACUGAGGAGCUUCACAAAAGCCAACAACUUCUCAGUCUUAAAACUAAGGAGAUCGAAGCAAUGUGUGUUCAGACACAGAAAUCAGAUGAACAGCUUCUGGAGGCAAAUAGGAAUUCUGAAAACCAAAAAGUGAGAUGUCAGGAACUCAUGUCAAUCUGUCAGGAGAAAGAUGACAUGAUCACCAAGCUGCAAGUUGCUUUGGACCAAAAUGUUGAGGCAGCUACUAAAGAUAGGGCCUUAAUUAACAGUAUCAAAGAGGAAAUCCUACAUUUCAGAAACAACUGUAAGUGUAUGCUGAUUGUUGAUGGUGUUCCUAGAGUGGAGGAAAUUAAAUCCCAAGAAAUUAAACAGCUCCAGCAAGAGCUGAAAAUGAAAGACGAUCUACUGAAUAAACUUAAAACUGAGCAGUGUUCACUUGAGAAAAACGUGUGUGAUCUCUCUGAUAGACUGGCAAAGCAGAUGCAAACACAUGAAACUGUUGUUUCCUCUCUGGUGAUGGAGAGAGCAGAGGUCACCAAAGUCACAAAUGAGAACAAAGCUCUUGCCAGUGAGCUGCAUCAACUUCAGCAAGCAGCCGAUAAGACGAGCUCAAAGCUCAAAUCUAUUCAGAUGGAAUUGAACAGUCAGACCAAAAUGGCCAAUGACCUUUCAGAAGAACUUGAUGCAGCCAAAACUCUGAUUAAGAAACAUCAAGAAGAAUCCUGCAGUCAGUCCAAAAUCAUUGAAUCCUUACGCCAGGACCUCAGUGCCCACCAGCUCUCACAUGACCAAGCAGAGGCUCUCCAUCAUGAUUGCCACAUGAUGGUGGAGUUAUCUCAGGAGAAGAAUAGACAGAUCAAUGACCUAGCACUGGAGGUCAGCCAGACCAGAGAGAAAAUGUGCCAACUGGAAGAGUUCUGCAGUGAGCUUAGAUGUGAACGAGAUGCCCAGGUGAAUGAGUACCAGAACCUACUGAGCCGUUAUGAAGCUGAGAAGCUCGCCAUGGCCCAAAUAAGAAGUGACUCUGAGCUGUUGGAAGAGCUGACUGCUCUGAAACAACAGCAGGGGAGGCUGGAAGAACAGGAGCAGGACUCCACAGAGGAUUGCUGGAAAACUCUGCUUGACAAACUCAUGCAAACACUGAGAAAACUGAACCAGCAUGAGGAGGUUCUGAAUGUAGUGAGAUUGAUUGUAGAGAAUGAGAUCUCUAAGGCAAGAGGUAAAGCUGAGGGGAGAAUAAGUGAGAUGGAGAAGGAUCUCACUCGUAAAGAUGCAGAUCUUGAGAAUAAAUCUCAAGAACUUUUGAAGUCAACAGAACUUGUUAAUGAUGGACUCGAUAAAAUCAAGACAUUGAGUUGUGAUUUUCAGCAAGUGGAGAGAGAAAGAUCAAGUAUCAGAGAUCAAUUAUGUGAGGCUAAAGUGCAGAAUGAACAGCUACAGAAACAGAUUUUGAGCUUGAGUGAAGAAAACGAGCUGUUUCAGCAGAGACUAUGUAAAGCAGAGGAGAUGAGAAAUCAGGCUCUACACCAUUUGAGCUGUAAAGAGCGAACUAUUGAUCCACAGCAGACUGCACAAUCCAACCAUGUGAAAGAAAAAGAGUAUAUACAGCUUUGCCAAACAACCUGUGAAGAUAUUGUGCCAGAGCAGAAACUGAUUGAGCAGAUAUGUGCAGACUUAAAUAAAGAGUGCUCACAGACAGAUCAAGAGGACUUGCUGGAGGCCAAACUGAAUGAGAUGGAAUCUGUAACUGAAGAUCUUGUAAAACUGCAGGAGAUGUGUCAGAAAGGAAGUGUUUGUGUCCAUGAUGAACCCCUUCAGGAGGAGCAGAAAGCAUGCAGACCUGCGGAAAGCACAAAGCUGCCUAAUGAGGUGCAGGCAGAUGAUAAGCGAGAAAAGAGGCAGGGAAAGGGGCUGGAUGGAGCCAUGGGAGAAGAGGAGAAAGCGGCCCAGACGACAGGGCGACUAGAGGGCGACCAGCAUGGCAGGCUGCAUCUGGAGCUGGAAAUCUUAAAGCAACAGCUGGCUGAGAAGCAAGAAUCCAUUCUAAAAUUACAAAGGGAAAAAGAUGAUUUGGCUGCUACUCUUAAAUCUGAAAGCCAGAAAGACAACAGUCCUUCAAAUGUGAAGACAGAGAAUGAAGGCGACUCUUUUUGUCCAACACAAGAGGUGGCAGUACAUGACUCAUCUGUCCUCUCCACGAAGAGUCUAACAGAAGAACGCUUCCCCAAACCUGAGCUUGAAAUCCGUUUCACCCCACUUAAACCUGACCGAAUGAAUGUAAGAAGACCAGGAGAGGAAGAGUCUGUCACAAUCAAACUCAGACGUACAGCCAGAAAGAGAAAAGGCCCAGGGAUAGAGAACUCGGUGGAGUCAGAAAAUCGAAAAAACAGACGGCUCAAGGUGAACAACGGGGAGAACGUACAGUCUGUUGAGACUCCCACAGUGAAAGGCAAAAAGACGAGUCAAUUAAAACAGCAAGACUCUCCAGCCAGCCUGAAAGGUAAAAAAGAUGGAGCCCUGCAAAAGAUUGGGGACUUUAUCCAGAGCUCUCCAACCCUCUUUGGGAGCAAAGCCAAGAAGAUCAUGAGCAUGGUGAAUGUUAAAUCCUCCGAACCACAAAAUCCUUGUGAGAACAACAAACCCAAGAGAUCCAAACGAAAGCUCUUCAAAACCCAGAUUUCCUCCCCUUUAGACAUCCCCUCUCAUCCUAUCAUUGGAGGCAGUGAAGAUGAUAAAGAGAGUGAUCAUCUGAUUAUCAAGAGAAAGCUCCGAACAAGAACUGUUAAGAUAUGAUGCAACCCUUUAUUUAGAUGGCAAGAGUAAUUUUUAUUUUAUUUUAUUUUUUUAUUCUUUGGUAUUGUUUGUUGAAUUGUAUUUUUGUUUGUAAUAACAGUGCAAAAUGUUUGUAAAUAAUUUAAAUGUUAUUUACAGCAGGUUUUGGAAUUUUUGUUUUGACUUUAAGUUCAGAUUUUGAUUUCCUGUGAUUACUGAACAAAAUAUGACAAAAUGCUGCUCAUUAAAAAUACUUUAAAAAAAAAAAAAAAAAAAAAGAGAGAUUUCAUUUGGGUUGCAUUUCUUGUAAAAAAAAACAAAAAAAAAACAUUGCAAUUAGUUAACAUGAACUAACAAUAAAUAAUACUUUUACAGCAUUUAUUAAUUCUCUGUUUGUUAAUUUGACCAUAUUAGUAGAUUUUGUACCUUUUGUGUUCCUGUCAAAAAUGACCAGCCCACUAAGAUUGGUGUUAAUAAAUCUCCCAUAUUGCAUAUAUUACCCCAGGAUAUUGCAUUAGAUCUUUUUGUAAACUUUUUUUUCAGUAAUUAUGACAGGUUUUGUACCUCUUUUUUGAACAUAUUUUAAUACACUGUAUAUUUUUACUUAAAAAAUGAUUAAUUGAACUGAGCUUAUGCCGAGCUAGUGGGGGCUCUCCCUGCAGAAAACAUUUAAAAUAUCAAUUAUGUAAUAAAUUAAUAACCACUUGCUUGAUCUAAACAAAAUAGGUGUCACUUUAAAGCUUAGAAUCUGGACUUUACAAUGCAUAUAGCUGAUCCUACCAAUACUUAAAUUAAUGCUUUUUAAUUUGCUGACAAAUUAGAACUGUUUUGUUAUCAUAACAAUAAUAUUUAGAGUUGGUAAAACCAUAAAAAAAGAUGAUAGCUAUGUGUUAUAUAAAAUUGGAAAGGUCUCAAUUAGUAAAAUGAGCAAAUUUGUUUCACUCAGAGGCCAAACUGCAGUGAAUAUUAGUGUAUGAAAUUCCCAUUGACACACAUAAAUAUAAUAAACAGGAGUCUUUUUUUUUAGAUGUUUUUCCUUAUUACUUCCUGAAACAUAUAUAACAUUGACAAUGACAUAUCGUAACUUAUAGCAGACUAUCUUGAUUCAAACGAGCCCAAACACAACAUAAUAUGAUGCGUAGAUCUUGAAAUAUUCCUCAAAGAGUGUACAUGGAAAAUCUAUGCACAAAAGGGCACGCAACAUGUUUUGUGUGUGAGUUGCUUUUUGUGGUUUGAGGACAUUUUUUCAGGUUACAAACUAGUAAAUAUGAGGGUAUUAUGCUAUAAAUGUGGUUUAUAAGGACACCGCUAGUGUCCCUGUAAUUCAAACGGCUUAAAAAACAUCCUAAACAAUGUUUUUUUGAAAAUGUAAAAAUGCCAAAAGAUUUCUGUGAUGUUUAGGGUUAGGGUUGGAGGAUAGAAUGUAUAGUUUGUACAGUAUAAAACUCAUUAUGCCUAUGGAGAGUCCUCGUAAUUAUAAGAGUACCAACGUGUGUGUGUGUGUGUGUGUGUGUGCACGUGUUCAAGGACUUUGUGUGUGCAAACACAUCCACAUACUGUAUGUGCUCAUCUAAAGGAUUGGGAUGCUCCUGAACACUUUAUAUUUCUUUAUGUUGUAGUUUAAUCCAUUCAUUUCCAGUGGCCGGUCAUUUUUGACCGGGAACACAACAGGUAUAACAAAGUGAAAUAAAACCAAUAAAAUGUAUGGAAAAUGGUCAAUUUUGUGUGUGUGUGUUUUCAGAUACCAUAUGUGAACAAAGUCAAGCAAUUGUAUUCCAAUUGGAUUAAGUUAAAAAAAAAUUUUUUUUAAAACAAAAUCUGGGUCAAAAUGGCUGGAACACAAUAUAAGGGCUUACCAAUAUAAUAAAUGCUGUAAAAAAAAAAAAAACAUUUGCUCAUUUUUAGUUCAUGAUCCCUAAUGCAUUAACUUAUGUUAACAAAAGCAUCUUAUUGUAAACUGUUACCAAUUUGCGUUAUGCAUUAUUUUUGGUUAAUAUUGUAUUUCACAUCAUGAUAUCCUUUAAAAAAGCAGUUCCAAACAAGCAGAGUGGAGGAUAUACAGAAUGUUCCAAAUGAAAGUUUGGGGUCAACUUGUUGUAUGAUGGUCAUUUAUUACCACUGUCAGUAAAUGGAGGGUAGCUGUCAUCAGAGAAGAGUAAGUAAUAUAUUUUACCAACACCUCUUGAUCUCUACAAUAAGACAGGUCACACCUGCACUAUACACUCCUCACUUUCUGAGGUUAAAUAAAUGUGACA